AUGGACGGGAGAAAGUUCUUAUCCCUGUUUAUUAUUUGCAGCGCGCAGGACUUCUGCGAAGGCUGCGACUGGAUUCAGCGCGGAUUCAGGCUGGUGGGCGGCGAAUCCCUCUCUCUGCUCAGUGACAUGGGUGGAGAUAUUACUGAUGAUAAGGUACCUGUACCUUUCCCAAAAACCCUGUACAGGAGCAUCCGAAACGCAGAGAUGGACGACAAAGUCAAAUCCCUGCACGAGGCCAUUGAUCAGAUCAUCGAACUGUUCCAUGGGAAUUUGGAUGCUGUGACGUGGAACAUGGAGAAAGUGGAGCACUUUCUCACUCUCCUUCACCGACAGUCUCGCGAACUUGAGAAAUGUGUUUCUUCUGCAAGCAAGUAUGAGAGGAGACUGGAUGGAUACUUCAGAAAGUUGAAAAAUGUCUUAAAGCAGAGGAAGUAUGACGCACAUUCAUGGGAACUCAUCAGAAAAGAAGUGAAACGCCAUCUUCAAAGACUGGACCUGAUUUCGGCUGCAAUGAAGACACCAGCAAAUUAAUCACCAAAGCAUGGCCCUGCGCACCUUACUUUGUCAGAGAAAGAGCGUACAUAUAAUGGGAUC